CACUGAUUGGCAGCACUGAUAGAUGGCACUGACUGCAUUGAUAGGUGCCACUGACUGGCACUGAUAGGUGUCACUGAAAGGCAGCUCAGAUGGGCACUGAUAUGUGGCAUUGAUGUGCACUGGUAGGCACUGAUGGGCACUGGCAGGUGGCAUGGAUGAGCACUGACAGCUGGCACUGAUGAAUACUGACAGGUGGCACUGCUGGGGCUACACUGAUCAUCAAGGCACACUGAUCAUCAGUGCCCUGAUGAUCACUGUCAGCUGUGAUUGGACACAUUAUAAUCCAAAAUGUGAUGAAAUUAAAUAAAUUAAAAUAUAAAAU